AUGGUAGCUCGCAAGAGCGGCCUUGGAGGUCGUACAAACUCCCCAGGGAGACUCCCCGUUACCUCAAUCUUGGUGUCAUUCCUAGCGCUUGCUGGCUCAGCAACAGCGGCAACCUGGUCAUACGGAGAUGCACUCCUUCCCGGGCCAGUUCUCCCCAGCAAGCCGGAUUCUGUUCGACCAUCGGAACACGUCUUCACCCUCCGACACGUCUAUCACCAUGGAACAUACGAACAUCCGACCCUUCAUCGUGUACGGGACGUGACCCCGGAGGAUUCGCGAGUAUUCCUUGCCGCAGAAGACGGUCUCGGCGAAGUGAACCUCCCUCAUCUAAAGGCCCGGAGUCGAGGGGAUAGAAUCGAACGUUUAGUUGAUAGACGGCCCUCAGUUGUGGAUCCUAUGGUUGCACAUGCUCGACAGCAUGGGUACGUUGCUGCCAUGGACGCUUCUGCAUGGUCGACGGAUGAAGUACCUGCGCCAGAUGUCACGGACAAGGACACUGUUCUAAGUCUAGCGUACAUGGCCGCAGACGCCUAUGUUGAGGAUGAGAAACAAACUGAUUGGAUUGAUGUUGGCGGUCCUUUCAACCGGAGCGAUGACUUUGGCUGGGAGAGUGAUGGGCUCCGGGGCCAUGUGUGGGCAGAUGAGAAUAACUCGACCAUCGUCAUUGGACUCAAGGGCACAACAGCUGCCGUGUUCGACGGGGAUGGCACAACGACAAAUGAUAAGGAGAAUGAUAACCUCUUCUUCAGCUGCUGUUGUGCACAACAAGGACAGUGGACUUGGCAUCAAGUUUGCGACUGUGCCACUGGAACAUACUCUUGCAAUAACACUUGUGUAAGAACUGCCCUUAUGGAGGAGAACAGAUACUAUACCGCCGCUCGAGAGUUGUUCUCCAACGUCACCGAUCGCUACCCCAACUCCAACGUGUGGCUCACUGGACACUCGCUUGGCGGAGCUGUCACAUCUCUUCUGGGUCUGACAUAUGGCUUGCCGGCUGUCACAUUUGAGGCCGUCCCAGAAGCUCUUGCUGCAUCCCGACUAGGCUUGCCUGUCCCUCCCGGGGCGGACCACAAUACUCCUCAAACUCGCCAGUUCACUGGGGCAUAUCACUUUGGCCACACAGCGGAUCCCGUCUAUAUCGGCACAUGCAAUGGCGCUACCGCAACUUGUUCAUUUGCAGGGUACGCAAUGGAGUCGGCAUGCCACACUGGUAGAGAAUGUGUCUAUGACGUCGUUGGAGAUCUCGGGUGGCGUGUAGGAAUCGGCACUCACAAGAUCCGGGCAGUCAUCAAGGAUGUCCUUCUGAAAUACGACGAUGUCCCAGAAUGUAACUAUACGCCUGAAUGUCGAGAUUGCGCACCCUGGAAGAUGUACGAAUCAAACGGCACGGAAACGACAACAACGUCACAUUCCUCAACCAGCACUACCAGGACUCGAACCCGCACAUCAACAUGCGAGACCCCGGGGUGGUGGGGAUGCUUGGAUACGACGACAUCCACAACUGAAGCGUCUACCACAACAUCCACAUCCACAUCUUCAACGUCGACCUGCAAGACCCCCGGGUGGUUUGGUUGCAAUGAUAAGACAACCACGACCACCGACUCAUCCACGUCGUCUGCUACUUCCACGUCUACCUGCAAGACUCCCGGCAACUUCUGGGGUUGCCGUGAUGAAGUGACUUCGACUACCCAGGCGCCUACGACCCAGAUGGUCCCUCAGAUUACCAAGGCGCCAACCCAGACCGAUGGGAACUGGAAUAAAUAUAUAGACGACGAGAUUUGA